CUUGCCGUGCUUGACCUUAAACAAGGGGGAGGGAGAGAGAGAGAGACGUUCCGCUUCUCUUCGUCUCUCUCAUCAAUUUGAGAUAAAUUCACAUUUCUCUCGCCUGCUUAUUCGUCGCCUUCGCAAUCAUCUGUGUGCUCCGCGUCUCUGGUCGUCGCUCUCACUUUCGCACUUCGAGCAUCCGCUUUUCCGGAGAAAGUUACGGCGUCGAGAUUUGAUCGGCGGAAGUUAUGAAGAGGAAUUUCGGUAGGUGGAGUUAGGUUAAUUGUUUUGUUUGAUCAGGAGGAGAGGAGCGAGCGUGCGGAGAUGAGAGGAGCGAACAACCACCACGCUCUGGAGACUAUAAGCGCCGCCGCGACCGCCAUCGCUUCGGCUGAGAAUCGUGCGCCUCAAGCUUCCGUUCAGUUAAGGCAGAUUUUAUAAAUAAACACAUUGAUGACUAGAUACAUGAUCAGACUAGCAAAACCAGAGAGAGAUGCCUGCGUAACUUCCACUUCACAGAUAAGUCAUGAUUCAAUUUCACAAGGUUAUCCCUGGGAUGGAUGACUUUCAUCCCAGGCUAAUGAUUAAUUAUCAAGUGCAGUUUUUAUGGAAGGCACUAGGUACCAAAUCUGUACCACAUCAGAUUAUCUUGAAUCCCAUCCAACUGACAUUCCAUGCUGGGAUGUAUUGCUGCUUCUAAUUUGGAAAAGAAAAGAAGAUGGGGAAGCUGUUGGAGCAUAUACUCAUGUUUUGGAUCUCACGGACAAAGCAAGAGAAUUGGACAUGCUGUUCUUGUUCCCGAAACAACUCCUCCUGGAAUAGAGGUUCCAGCAGCUGAAAAUCCACCUCAAACAACUAGUGUCUCAUUUCCCUUUGUUGCACCUCCCUCUUCUCCCGCAUCCUUCCUUCAGUCCGAACCACCCUCUUGUACACAGUCACCAGUUGGCUUUCCAUCCUUCACCUCUAUAUCUGCUAGCAUGUACUCCCCUGGGCCUGCCUCCAUCUUUGCUAUUGGCCCUUAUGCCCAUGAGACUCAGUUAGUCUCGCCCCCAGUUUUCUCUACUUUCACCACUGAACCCUCCACUGCCCCUUUUACUCCUCCCCCCGAGUCUGUCCAUUUGACGACACCUUCCUCACCUGAAGUGCCGUUUGCUCAGCUACUCGGUCCCAAUCACCAGAAUGGUGAAGCUGGUCUUAGAUUCCCUAUAUCCCAAUACGAAUUUCAAUCUUAUCAGUUCUAUCCAGGGAGCCCUGUUGGCCACUUGAUCUCACCAAGUUCAGGUGUCUCUGGUUCGGGCACUUCAUCUCCUUUUCCUGAUCUGGAGUUUCCUCCCGGUGGGGCCCAGCUCCUUCAGUUCCAAAUUGGCAAUCCUCCACCGAAGCUUUUGACCCUUGAAAAGCUUUCUGCCCGUGAAUGGGGAUCGCAGCAACGAUCUGGUUCAUUAACACCUGAAGCUGUGGGACAUAGGCCUCUGGACCGUCAAAAUUCUGACAUUGCGCCGCUCACAGAUCAAUUUAAUGGACUCCAAAAUGAAGUAGUUGUGCUUGAUCCCAGAGUAUCUUUUGAGAUCACCACUGAAGAUGUUACGAGAUGCAUGGUAAAGAAGCCAUCCUUGGCCAUGACCGCAUCACCAUCUCUAAAUAAUGCAGACAUCGCUGCUGAAAAGGAUGCAAAUUCAUCUGAGGCAGCUAAUAGCCUCAAGGCCCAUCUUGAUGAAAUAUCCGAUGACAAGCCCGAGAAAGCUUCUUCAGACGGGGAGGACAGGCAGCAGCAGCCACCUCAGAAGCAUCGCUCCAUCACACUCGGUUCUGUUAAGGAAUUCAAUUUUGACAAUGCCGAUGUAGAAAACUGCGAUAAGCCUAAUACAGACUCCGACUGGUGGACCAAUGAUAAGGUACUCGAAGUUGAAUCAGGGGGUGAAACCAGCCACAACUGGUCUUUCUUCCCCAUGAUGCAGCCAGGUUUGAGCUAACUAUAGCACUCUUCUCGGGCGUUACAAGUUCUGGCCCUCUGCACGAGAGAACACCUGGGGCUUGGUUUCGACUAUCCAAAAGCCAGAUGGGCAGUAUGUCGGAUUGUGGGGAUUGAGUUUUGACUCACUGAUGAGAAACACAAGAAGACUGUUCUGUUACCCAUUCCAGACCUGCAGAAAAAAGACAGCAGCAGGAGGUAACCAACGUCGUUUUGUUUAGUUUUUCUUCUUUAGAAAGAAGCAUAUAAAAAUGAAUUUCAGUUAAAACAAUUUCCUCAGCCGCCUUCCCAUUCUGUAACAUCAGAUGAUAAAAAAGAUUAGAUUAGACGAGUAGUAACAUUUGACUAAAGCUUUUAGACAAAUCCUUCUGCGCACGUGUUCAAAUUCACCUAGCACGUUUCUUUUUA